UGUGUUAUUCGGUCCAAUUGUCAUUUUAGCGAGUUUCAUCUAUGGAGUGACAAGCCGUUUAAAAGAGGCAGUGUUAUUUUGUUUGUGAUAUAAAGAAGUCAUGAUGGGGAUUUAUAUAUUGUAUAUCAUUCCAUUCGUAUUGUUACAAACUGUGUUUGGAGCUGUUGAGAUACAAUUCAAUGUCAAGGAGAAUCCUAAAGAAUAUUUGGAGGGUGACGAUGUGUCUGUGAUGUGUUCCUUGUCGGAAAGUGUGGACAAUGCCAAUCUCCAGUGGUAUGACAACAAAGAUGUGUUAAUAACCAACACCAAUUCAGUGAAUAAACCGUAUAUUAAAAGCUUAUUGGAUCAGCAACUGCUUUUGAAACUCGGAGAUGCCUCAUCAGAAAAUUCAGGGAAGUACAAAUGUAAAGCGGUUGUAAAUGAAGUACCAAUCGAAAAGACUUUCCAUGUUGUUGUAAAAGAGGCAUUAAAGUUUAGAGACUGUCCACUGAAGCAAAUUGGCAUACUUGGUCAGCCAUCUGAAAUAAAAUGUUCAGCAUACGGAGGUCAGUUAACCGUUGUAACGUUCUGGGAGAAGGAAGGAUCUGGUUUAUCAGGGGACAAUAUUCAGCAAAGCAGCAAUUCUUUGAAAAUAAAAGAUACUUCCAUGUUAGAUGAAGGAAAAUAUAUCUAUAAUGCUAUUUCCAACAGUGACGGCCAAAGUGGUGAAAAGAGAAUUGACUUUGUUGUCUACAGUGCACCAAAGAUAGUAGAGCCAGUAACACAAACAGAAUCUAUUGUUGGUCAGCCAGCCACACUGUUCUGUAAAGCAAAGGGAAUCCCUGAUCCAGUGAUCGAAUGGAGAAAAGAAGGGUCAACAAAUAUUUUGACAACAACAGAUCGUCUCAGAGUGAGUACAAACAAGGAAGGCGCUGACGUUCAGGGAAUUCUUAACAUCACAUCCGUGAUCAAAGACGACGAAGCUCUGUAUACAUGUACCGCCAAAAAUGAAGCCUCAGACGAGAAUCUGGUCGUUGUUGAUGAAAAAUCGGCCCAACUUACUGUACGAAUUCCACCAACAAUUGAGAAAGCAGAUGAUGGCAAAGGUAAAGAAAAUGGUCCAGCUAAUCUUGUUUGUACAGCUCGAGGUGAUCCUAUCCCACAAAUGAUCUGGAUUAAAGAAAAAACUGGUGAUCGGUUUUCACCUGGAACAACAGAUGAUGGUAAAACUGUGAAACAAGUGGAAGAUAACACCCCUGGUAACCUUGGAGCCACCCUGACACUGUCGUUUACCUCACUUCAACAUUCAGAUGCUGGAGAGUACAAGUGUGAAGCAGUCAACAAGGCAGCUACAGCCUCUAAGAUUGUUAACCUCGAAGUAGAAUAUAAGCCAAACUUUAAUGAUCAGGGACCAACAACAUUCUACAACUGGGAGAACAAUGAUAGCCCCUAUAUAAUCUGUACAUCAAAUGGUAACCCAGUUCCAUCAUUCAGAUGGAAGAAAGGUGAUCAGGAAAUCCGGUCAACUGACCCAUAUUAUGAAAUCAUGUCACCUGAAGUAGACCCAGAAAACCCACAUAGAGCAGUCAGUAAAUUGAAGGUGGGACAUAUUCACAACUUAGACAAGAUGCAUUAUUGGUGA